AAAUAAGAUACGUUUUAGUUUGACUUGUAUUAGAGGUUAAUGGUUUAUUGCAUUGCUCAACAGAUAGUAAAAAUGGCGUCUAGCCAACAAAUCAAUCGAAAUAAACGUAAAUUUGAUAGUAAUGAUACACGAUUUAAUAAUGAGAAUGUUAAAGUGACUAGAAUUGAAGCACCACGUUUGUGUCCUUAUCUAGAUACGAUUAAUCGUCAAUUUUUAGAUUUUGAUUUUGAGAAAUUAUGUUCCGUUUCAUUGUCACGAAUCAACGUGUAUGCCUGCUUGGUAUGUGGAAAAUAUUUUCAAGGCAGAGGAACCAAUACACAUGCAUAUACUCAUAGUGUGGCAGAAAGUCAUCAUGUAUUUUUAAAUUUGCAUACAUUGAAAUUUUAUUGUUUACCUGAUAACUAUGAAAUAGUAGAUUCAUCUUUAGAUGACAUUAAGUAUGUGUUAAAUCCAACAUUUGAUAAAGCACAAAUCGCUUUGUUAGAUAAAAGUGACAAGUUGUCUAGAGCCAUAGAUGGAUCAAUGUAUUCGCCAGGUAUAGUUGGCAUGAAUAAUAUCAAAGCGAACGAUUACUGUAAUGUUAUUUUACAAGCACUAUCUCAUGUUACUCCUCUGAGGGAUUUCUUUUUGAGAGAGACUAAUUAUGCUUAUGUGAAAAGGCCACCUGGAGAUUCUUCAUAUCUUUUAGUUCAAAGAUUUGGUGAAUUGAUGAGGAAACUAUGGAAUCCGCGCAAUUUUAAGGCACAUGUGAGCCCUCAUGAAAUGUUACAGGCUGUGGUACUAUGGAGUAAAAAAAGAUUUCAAUUCACUGAGCAAGGCGAUCCGGUGGACUUUUUAUCUUGGUUUUUGAAUGCUUUGCACUUGGCGUUAAAUGGUACAAAAAAACGCGAUUCUAGUAUCGUUUACAAAACGUUUUUGGGACAUAUGAGAAUAUAUACCAGAAAAAUACCUCCGCUUGAAUUAGAAGAAAGCCAAAGAAGUGAAUUAUUACACACAGUUGAAUACGGAGAAACAGUUACACAAAGUCCAUUUCUUUACUUGACCUGCGAUUUACCACCACCACCUCUUUUCAAAGAUCAAUUUACAGAAAAUAUUAUUCCACAAGUAAAUUUGUAUACGCUGUUAAAUAAAUUUAAUGCUGUGGCUGAGAAAGAAUAUAAAACGUAUAAAGAAAACUUUAUGAAAAGAUUUGAAAUUACAGAACUUCCACCAUAUUUAAUUCUGUAUAUAAAAAGGUUUACUAGAAAUACAUUCUUUGUUGAAAAGAAUCCAACUAUAGUCAAUUUUCCAGUUAAAAAUGUCGAUUUCGGUGACAUUUUAACUCCAGAAGUUAAGAUUAGACAUCCUUAUACAACAUACGAUCUUGUGGCUAAUAUAGUACACGAUGGUGAACCAGGACAAGGAACAUAUAGGGUUCAUAUUUUACAUAGAGCUACUGGACAAUGGUAUGAGUUACAAGAUUUACAUGUAACCCAAAUAUUACCACAAAUGAUAACGUUGACCGAAGCUUACAUACAAAUAUAUGAAUUAAGAAAAGAUGCUAAUGUUGAAAAUGGUGAUAGUAAAAAAUAAGUAAACUAUAUAAUAGAAAUUCAAAUAAAUAUUUG